GAAAAUUUGAAACUUUAAAACUUUCGAAAUAUCAAUUUUAAAACUUAUGAAAAUAUGGUAUUCAAUUUUAUUUAGUAAAAAUACAAACGAAUAAAAGAGGAGCGACGUUGGAGUUGUCACUAAUCACCUUGUACCUAAUAAUCACCAUUCACCAGUCAUCGUUCAUCAAGAAAAUAAAAUCAAAGUGUUGCUUUCAAGUUUCAAGACCCAGUGGCCAAAACUUAUCCUCUCCUUAGCUUCUUCUGUGUUUCUCCAUAAUUCUCUUUUCUCUCUUUUUCCAUGGACACUUUCUCAAGCUCUGUUUCAACCCUCAAAAUCUCAUCACUCCCACCACCACCAACAACAACAAAUCGUGAAUUCCAUCACUUCACAAGAACAAGAACACCCCAUCCUCCACAACCCAAAAAAUCCCAUUUCUCUUCCACUUCCAUACCCAACUUAGCCUCCUCCAAAACCAAAACUUUCUCACACAACAAUCCUUCUCCUUCACCUUCUCUACCGUUCUCUAAUUCCUUAAACACCCCACCUUUCAAACUCAAACCAUCUUCUUCUCCUCCAAUUUUCCAUCACAAAGCUGCUACUGGUUAUGCCGCUGCUAUCAUCGAUAUAGCUCAAAACACCAAUUCCCUCCAUUCAGUUCAAAUGGAUGUUCAGAAACUCUUGAAAUUCCUCCAAAAAUUGAAAUUUCAAUCAGAUUCUGGUCUUAUUGCUGACCCCUCAACGGUUGAGAAAUUGAAAGGACAAGCGGUGAAGAAGGUUGUGGAGCAGGGAAAAUUUCAAAGACACGUGGUUGCGUUGGUGAAGAUGUUGAUGAAGAAGAACAAAUUGGGAAUUGUUGAGGAAGUGUUGGAAGAGUUCGAGAGAAUAUAUGAUGAGUUGUGUGGAACUCAAGUUGUGUUGGUUUCGUCUGAGAGAGAGAUUGAGGAACAUGAAUUGUUUGGGAUUGCGAAAAGCGUGUGGAAAAUUAGUGGGGAUGUGAGGGUUAGGGUUAGGAAUUUGGUUAAACAAAAUAGUUUUCCUUCUUUUGUUUUGUGAAAAGUCAAAUCAAAUCACACCUUUGUGAUUGUAUCAUUUUUAUCUUUAAUGCUUGCAAUGCAACCUUACAAAAUACAUGAGGAAUGUGCUUUUGCCUCA